UCCAUGAGUAGUGUAUACCAGUUUGCGGCCCCCAGCGUCUGGCUAAUGCUGAAUAAAAAGGUUGAACCUGGAGUUGUGAUAGCUGACCCUCCCGUUGCUAUCCAGCAUCACGUUGAGUUCAUUAGAAACCAGUUUUCCUCGCUAUCACCCGAAACCCCUCCCACUCCAUUAAUAAUGGUCAUCCUCCUCAACUCUUUUCAUACCACUGGUGAUACAUACACUAUGCUACUCUCAAUGAUUUUGAACACUAGUGAGCAUCCACUGUCUCAAGACUGUAUUAACCUAAUGGUGCUACAUGCUAAAACAAGGUUAGGAGAGAAGAUACGAGUUCAGCUGAUGAGAGCUGCCGAGUCAUCAAAGCACCAGCAACAGGUCCAGCAGGAAAAUAACAAGAACAUGAUAACAGCUGGUCUUCUGGAGACUUACUCUCAUCUACUGCUCUGGCUCGGAACGAAACUAUUUCAAUCUCAGGUGAUCCCAAUGGUGUUCAAGGUCCAAGAGUGGAGUAUGCUACAGAACCUUCUUGAGCUGAUUAGUAACAGGAUCCACUCACAGCUCCAGAUAUCCUCUCGUUUCAACAUAUUAAUACUCCUCCAUUCCAUUGCUGGUGUCUGCAUUAUACCAACACAGUUAUUCAUUGGGUGAGAGAGGGAGAGAGAGAGUUCUACAUUCA